CCUGCCUCCCGCCUCUCAUCGUCGACCGGCGUGGCACACUGCCAUCCGCUUCGCUGCACCUUGUCCCAUCCGCACACGGCGGCCAUGACGGCGCAGUCGGCGCGCGCCGAUCCCUGGACGCGGCGCUACGUCUCCGGCCAGCUCUCGCCCACCACGCUCUCGUCGGCGUCGCCGGCGACCACGACGGCGUUCAAGUUCCCCACCUCGUCGCUCAACCUGCCCUCGUCGAUCUCGCGCGACCUGCGCUCCGCCUCGCCGACGCGCCCGCGCCCGCGCAUUCCCUCCGACGCCUCGGCGCCCGUCGUGCCCAGCGCCGGCGGCGGCCUGCAGAAGGUCGUCGGCACGCUCCUCUCGCCCGACGCGCAGCUCAAGGCGUGGGCGUGUGCCGGCUGCAGCGCGCAGUUCGCGCGCGAUGCUACGCUGUACCCAGGCCCGCCGCUGCCCGGCGCGGCAUCUACCGCCGCACCAGCAGCUGCGGCUGCACCAGCGGCAGUGGCAUACUACUGCCGCCCGUGCUACGCCACGCACUUCUCCCUCGGCACCUGUUUCGGCUGCACACGCCCCGUGCUCGGCCUGACGAAAGAGGAGGGCAAGCUGGUGCGUGCCGGCGAGGCCGUCUGGCACGGCCGCUGCUGGGUGUGCCCAUGCGGGCGGGCCGAGGAUGUGCUGCGCGGCAUGGACGGCAUGCCUGUGUGCGAAGCAUGCUUCGACACACCCAGGCCACGCGGCCGGCCCGCAGCGCUGGACACACGCGGGGCCCGAGCGGCAUCGCCGAACAAGGCGCUGCCCGCCGCUGCCACCCCUAUGGAGGUCAGACGCAUGUCCGGCGCCAGCGCAUCCACGCGCGCUGGCAUGGGCGCUACGAUCGAAGCGCUGUCAAAGCGCUUCAGCACCUCUGCCGCCGGUGCUGCGCCGUCGUCGGCUGCGGCGCCUUUUGCGCGCACCGUCUCGCGCCCGCUGUCUACGCGCAUCCCCUCGUCCUCGAGCUCCGGCUUUGGCCCACCGCUGCCGCGCUCCAAUUCAUCGACCUUCCACUUGCGCGACCGCUCUUCUUCUCUCUCGCCCACUCGCGUGCCGGCAUCACCGCCGAAGCCAAGGCCACUUACAGCGCAGUUCACUGGCGAUCGCUUCGAUCUCGACGCGUUCAGAAGCGCGCUGCCCGGCAGCACAGAUGCGAGUGACGCCGCCAGUGCCGCACGUCUUGGCAGGCGGGACUCGCGCUGCCGCAGCACAAGCCCGUACAAGAUGUCGGCAUCGAGGAGCGCCUCGAGUCAGGACGUGGCUGCGGAUGCAGCAGCUUCGGAGUCGCGUGCUCAGGCGCACGCGCCGCCUUCACACGCACCUGCGCAGCCCAAGGCGGCCAGCAGCUCUCCUUCCCGCCCCUCUACCGCGACGGAGGAGGAUGCUGUGCGCUGCGCACACUGCCGGGGAACACCUUGGGAUGCAGCAGCUGCUGGCGCGACCAGCGUGCAGAUGAUCAAGCUUCGCGGCGCCUUUCUGCACGCACACUGCUUCACGUGCGCCGUCUGCCGCGAGAGCAUCGAUGGGACAAGAACUUUCGUCAGCCUUGACGACUGUGACGACCCUGCAGUGCCUGGCGGCCCGAUUGGCGAUCUGGGCCGCUUCGCUCAUCCCGCGUGCGCCCCUGCGCCGCGACUUCAUCCGGUGCUGAGGGACUCUGAGUCUGCAUCGAUCAAGCCCCGCUCCGGUCCGACCUCUCAUGUCACGCAUCAGUCGGCACCCCGCCCAUCGCUCGGGCCCUCUCCGCAGCCCACUGCGCCGGCACAUGCGUUCGUGACUGCCCGUCGGACGUCGGCUUCGCCGCACGCAACUGCUGUUCCGGAGGCGCCCUCGACAGGGUCGCAGUCGAGCAGUAGGCACGCGCCGGUCGAGCCCCGCCGCUUCGUCCCCUCUGCCGGCGCUGCGCCGCCCACGCGCAGCACGCUCAACGUGCAGGCCUCUCGCUCGGCCCAUGCUGGCAUCUUCUCCACCUCUUCUGCGGCCAACGCUGCAGCUCCGCGGAGUGCCUCCUCUUACGCCCCGGCCGGUCGGCAACUCGGCGGGCAGGCGGCCUGCGCGGGUUGUGCACGCAUGCUGACGCGCUUGGAGGGCGUCCCGGGCCCGCGCGGCACCAGCUGGCACCGCGCGUGCCUGCGCUGUGGCGGCGAAAAGAAGGGCGGCGUCGCUGGCAAGUGCGGCAAGCAGCUAGACUCGGCGGCGAAGGUCGACGAGCGUGGACAGGUCCGGUGCAGCGCCUGUGCCGCGGAGAAGCGCUAGAUUGCCUCAGCACAGCCCGAGCCGCGCCGCCAGCCGAUCACCUCAAACAGCACAGCAUCCUCUCCGUCCCCUCCCUUUCGUGUACAUUCGCUCGCUACAUCCCCAACUUUCUCCUGACCGCUGCUUACAUUCGAAUCCCUC